AUGACUGGCGUUUUCCUACUCCAACGUCAUUACAGAAUUUCAACAUUCAUCCUUUUCAUGGUUAUUCUGACAUCUUAUCCAGCUGAUACUGCCAACAUUCGUCUUUGUGGGCAGCGCUUGACAAGAACUAUUUUAGCCAUAUGCCGAAAUCAGUUGUGUGGAGGAUACGUUCAACAACCGGUAGACACAGAGUCGUCUUGGGACAGUCCAAUUGAUGCAAUUGAAGUUCAUCGAACUGUUAAACGGGAUGGGAUUGCUACUCGCUGCUGCAUGAAUAAAUGUACUAUGAAUUACUUGAAGACCUUCUGUUGUUCUUCAGAGAAAUAA